CUAUUUCGUCAAUCCCUUCGAGCCUGUUAUAUAUACUAAAAUCCCCAAAUAAUAUUCAAGGUAGCCAUCCAAAAUGCUCAACUCCAAGCUGUCGAUAUCUUUCUACGUCGCGGUGCCAGACUUCGUUCACUAACAUGGCAAAUAGCCUUCGAAACACACCCUCCCCUUGUAUUAAUGCUUUUAAGAAAAUUAUUGGAAGAUGCCCAAUUUUUAUUGAGAAGAAGAAGAAAUAUUGAAGCAGAACAUAGAUUUACUUAUGCCUUACAAAAAUUUGGGGAAAUUGAAAAAUUUGGAGAAAAAUAUUUAAAAAAAGAAAAUUUAAAUGAGGGGGGAGAGGAAGAGGAAGAAAAAUAUUUGAAAGAAAAAGAAGCUGAAUUUAAUAUUAUUCAAAGUCAUAUUCAUACAUUGCAUUCAAUGGCAGCUUUGAAAAGAAAAGCUAAUAGAAUAGAAGAAGCAAUAAAUUUAAUUAGUGAGGCGAUAGAAAUUAUUAAUGAAAAUGGUAAAUAUAAAAAUUAA